UACUUGAUACAGGUGAUUUAUUUUACAUUAUUAGCUCCGUCAGAGAUUCUUGCCCGAGGAAGGCUAGCUAUUGAAGCCUACAGAAAAGCCCUUUUGGAAGGAGAAGGUUACGCAAGAAGAGUUCCCGUCAUGAUAAUUGGCCAGGCACGGACAGGAAAAACCAGUCUGAAGAGGUCGCUAAAAGGGGAAUUGUUCAAUCGAAAUGAAGGAAGCACGGAAGGGAUAGAGACAGAUCCGUCCUAUUUUAAAGUCUCGACAGACGUCUGGAGGACAGGUCAGAAAAGAGAAGAUGCCGAAUCAGAGCCAACGUUUUUGUUAGACCACCAGGUAGCCCAAAAGAUAUUUGAAAGCUUAAGGGAAGGAGACCGCUUAGUAGUCGAGCAAAUGGAAGCGAAUUCAUUGCCUACUGAACGUUCUGGGGAAUCUAGUAGUAGCUGGAUCGAGUCUUCACUUCAAGACUCCAAAGUGGUCGAGAAGGUCAAACCCUAUUCAUUGCGUACAGGAGAUCUGAGCAGUAGCAGAACCGAGCUGUCACUUCACUGCUCCAAUGUAUCUGAAAAAGCCCAAACCAGUUCAUCAGUUACAGAACAGAGCGGGAGCGAUCCAUCAUUUCAGGACUCCAAAGAGCAUCUUUCUGUACCAGAAUUACCAGAAAACAUAGCAGCAUUGGUUCAAAAUUUGCUUGAACAUAGCCAAGAGUUUGAAGACGAAGACAACAUAUAUUCAAUCAUUUGGGAUUUUGGAGGACAGUCUGUUUACUACGCCACACAUCCAAUUUUUCUGACCAAACAAGCCAUCUACAUUUUAGCAUGUGAUCUAAGUCGUGAUCCAGACCAGAAAGCCACUGCUCCUACGCAAAAAGGCAUGUAUGAGAAUAAAAUAGACACUCACUGCAAAAAAACAAAUCUCGACUAUCUUGAUUUUUGGAUGACAUCAGUUUAUUCUUUGGUUAGCCCAAACACUAACCGUCAGGAAACUCUGUCAUCUGAAAUGUUGCCUGCAGUAUUCUUGGCGUGUACGCAUGCUGACAAGCCUUACAAAAACAAGGCUAAUCCAAAAACACUUGCCGAAAAAAUCUUUGGCACCUUAAGAGACAAUGUUUAUGGUGAUCUUUUAAAAGACGUCUUUGUAGUAGACAACACAAAGUCAGGCAGUGAUGAAGAGUGCCAAGACGUGAAAAAUCUGAGAGAAGCAGUACUUUCUCUUGCCAAAGAGCUUCCACAGAUGGAGGAGGCAAUUCCUUUAAAGUGGUUGAAGUAUGAAAAGGUUCUCCGUCUAUUAAGCAGGGAAGGCUAUAAUUGGAUACCCAUCGAGCACGCCAGACAGAUUGCCUCUCACGAGUGUGGAAUUGAUGACGAUGAACAGUUUCGAACACUGCUUAACUUUUUACACGACCAGAGAAUUUUGAUUCAUUUUAGUGAAACACCAAAUUUGGAAAAAAUGGUUAUUUUGAGCCCACAGUGGCUCAUUGACAUCUUCAAGGAGGUGAUUACUGUUAGACAUUUCAAGCAAACGGACAAAGGAGUUGCGAGAUUAUGGCGUAAUUUUGAAAAGACUGGAAUCUUAGACAAAAACUUUUUAAAUCAUGCUUGGGGACCCUUGUCUGAUAAUCGAGAAACCUUCGAGAGCCUCAUUGCUAUAAUGGAGAAAUUUAGCCUCCUUUGUGCAUGGCCCUCAGACGGGACCACUCAGAAGUACCUUGUACCAUCCAUGUUAAUGUCUCCCCCAACAGAUGAUCUCCUUAAGCACCUUGAUUGUGUACGGACCCCUUCACUUUUUGUGGCGUUUGAAUCAGGCAGAGUUCCACAGGGCUUGUUCUCGCGGCUUGUUCUGCAGUUUUAUCGGUUGUGUCAAGAAGAAUGGAAGAGCGAGAUAAAUCCUGAAUUGUUCAAUAGUUUUGCUAUGUUUCACAUUCUUCCUGACCGUGCAAUUUCCUUAGUAUUUAUUUUGCAUUCCUCGUCUAUCGAAAUAGUUUUUCAUGAUGGAAAGGAUGUUCGUGAUCUGAAUACAAGCCGCACAAUUUAUUCGCAACUGAAAUGUCUUCUUAGACAUAUUUGCGAGGAGUUCUUCUGGUUGAAGCACGUGAAGUACGAAAUGUGCGUUUGCUGUCCUGUGUGUUCUCAUGAAGACGGUGUCAAGUGCCGUGCUCAUGGCAGGCGUGGUUGCGAGUGCUUGCACCUUUUGUCGGAGUCAGAGUUGCGUAAGCAGCAACAUUGCGUCAAAGGAGGCAUUAAAGCGGAUCUCACGAUUGACAUCAGGCAGUUUGAACAUUGGUUUGCUCUCUUAGAUUCUCAGCAUAGCAGGAUUCCGUUCACUCAGGUUAGUUCUUAAAUUCGCUUUUCCUAAACACGAUUGCGAGUGGCUCAUUCGCCAGCCAAGAAACUUUCGGUACAAGCUUCGGUCGAGAUGGUUUCUGAGAUAGUUUGGGUGGACAAACAUUGAUGGGUAUUUCACAAAAUAAUAAUAUUAUUAUUAUUAUUAUUAAUAUUAUUUUUAUUUAUUAUUGAUAUUAUAAUUGUGUCGAUAACAAAAUGCUUGAAUCUGAUUGGUUCUUAACAGCCCAUAUUUAUAGCUUAAUUUUGCUAUUGUAACUCAAAAACAGUCUGAUUUGACCUGUCCGAUUACCAGGGGAUGGUAAUCGGACAGGUCAAAUCGGACAGUUAAAGAACCAAUGAAAAUCAAGUAGGAAAUACCACUAGCCAAUGAAAUUCCUCAAAUUCCUUGUUAGCAGAAUGUCAAUCAAAAUCGAUGAAAAAUAGUGACCAGGUACAGGGGCGGAUCUAGGGAGAGGGUGCAGGGGGUGCGCACCCCCCCGCCCCCCCACCACCCGAGAUAAGCUGCGGCUUUCUAAUACAACUGGUAUUCUGCAAAAAAAAAAAAAACUAUGUGGUUUAUUGGUGUUGAAGUAGAGCAAGAGACGAGUGCACCCCCUCCUAAAAAAAAUCCUGGAUCCGCCCCUGAGGUAAGAGAUCCAGCUUCAACUGGAAAAGAGAAAGGGAUGAAACUAGCUGUUCCAGAGACUUUUAUUUACAUUAAUAAAUAUUCCAAGACUGAGAUUCUCGCAUUUUGUUAUUGACACAAUUAAUUGGUAAUAGGACUUCGUGUCGUACAACGCAGGGGUAAUUGGGCUCGUAGUUUCAAAUCGGAAAUUUGAAAUUACUCGCCCAAUUACUCCCUGAAUUGUACGACACGAAGUCCUAUUACAAUUACUUAUCAGAAACGGUGAAAAUCUAAUAUCAUUGUUUGGUAUUUGAUAAAGGAUGCUUGGCUGGAGUUGCAUUCCAGAAUCCAUAAUUAAUAGUUCUUAUGAUCUAUAGUCAUUUGCUGUAUCUGUAUCUUUACAGCAGCAAGAUGUGACUCAACGUGACAACAGUGAAGAACAGCGCAUAACUCCUAAGAAAGGUAAGCCCACUUAUUGUGGUAGUUACUUUUUUGGCAAACAUAAAUAUAGGCCUUUUGCAGAAGUUGGUCAUGUGAUUAAGCGGGAUUGUAGCCAUAGACAGCUGUUUCGCCCCUUUGGGGCUCUUCAGUAUGGCGUAACAACCAAAGAAACCUCUGAUGGCGUGAUUCUGUGGGUGUUGAGAGUUCUAGGUUAGGGCUUAAAUCAGAGUGAGCGGAUAUUUUCAUCAGAGCUUUCUCUGGUUGUUGCGCCAUACUAACGAGCCCCAAAGAUGGCGAAACAGCUGUCUAUGGCUACAAUCCCUCUCUGUUUUGAGUUCUUUCGGUGUCGUGUUCAUGAUGUCUUGCAGAGUUAAUUUUCCUGUAGUACGAUCAGCAUUGCUGUAUUCUGCUUGCAGAAUUGAAUAUGUCUACUUUUUAUUUUUGCUGAUCAGGUCUUUAUAGAUCCUACGUUCUUCGGCAUAUUCGUUUGCGGUCCUUUGCAGUCCUUUGUGGUUAAUGUUUGUAACUAUUCAAUGUAAUUGUCUUAUUUAUUGUUAUUUCGAAGUGAACCCUCUUGAUGAGUUUUUUUUACUCUAAGGACAAACUUUGUCAAUAAAACAUGUUAAAAUACAUUACAAAAAAAAAAACGGACGUAAAAUAUCAAUUUUUAAUGUGGAAACAUUUACUCCCCCCCCCCCCCUUCUUGCCUUAUCACCCCUCCCUUUCGAACGCACUCCCCUAAUUAAUUUGGAUUUAUUUAUUUAUUUGCAAGACCUUUACAGAGCAAGAACGAUACAAUGGGGAGGGUCAAACAACAGAGCGACGCUCCAAUAGGCCCUUCCACGGUUUUUUCAACCUUUUUCAUGACUCUAAGGAAAAAUUCGUCGACACCUCUGGAAAGAAGGCCUUAAAAUUAGCAAAAUUGUCAAGUCUUAAAGUGACACGUCGUAAACGAGUGAAGGUAUAGCUCCGCAAAGUUGUGAAAAUUUACAGAAGUUUGCAUGGUAGGAGGAGGGGGGGAGUUCGUGCGCCCCCCCCCCCCCACCAUAUAAACGUCUGUAAAAGAAGAAGAAGCUAUAUCUUGAUUAGUUUUCAACAAAUCACUUUCAAACUUGGCAAGGUUGCUAAUGUAAAGGCGCUCUUUCUAGCGAAGUUGACAAAUUUUCCCAAACAUGUCCACAUCAAAAAUUAAAAAAAAAUAGAAAGGUUUAUUAAAGUGCGCCCUUGAGAAAUAUUAACACCCCUCUCGACAUUGUUGUAAGAUCUUGGGAAGAGAUUAAAAAACCCGUUUAAAUUUCGUCAUAACCGGAGAUGCAUGAGGUCGAAUCUUGACAGCUCUUAAUAAGUCCCUGGGUUUUUUUUAACCAUGCAAAACGAAAAUAGAGUCUGAACUCAACUUAACUUUGUCACAAAAUCGUCGUAACAUUUUUUUGCUUCCAAAUGUUGAACCCGUUAGAUGUGAAGCAUCUUUCUUACCUAUUGGUCAACUCGUCCAUGCGCAAUGUAGCUAAUAAACAUGUCUUUUUGAUAAACGCGAUUACUUAUUCGUAAGGGUUGUGAGAAAAUUUGGACUGUUUAGUGACAACAUGGUCAUUAAUCAUUUCAACAAUACUCAUUGCUUUUUUUUUUUUUACAGAAACUGCGUCGGAAAGAUCUGCCAUUGUUCCACCAGAAGUCAUCAUUAAUCAGCUUAAGAGUCGGGAUCUUCCCAAACAUGUGACACAUUUUGAUGAAUGCCGACUGCCAGUCGACAUUUUGUUGCUUACGGUCGAGGAUUAUGAAUUUCUAAGCUGUCUGUCAUAUCUGAACCCUGGUUUCUGUAAGACUUUUCAUAGAGAUCUUGGCUUUGUGUACCUCGGAGAUAUGGGAGAGGAUGAAAGGAAGUUAAACAUUGCUGUAAUGUGCUGCUACAGGGGUUCCACCUCUCCAGGGGGAUCCAUGGUUGUUGUAUUGAACGCUGUCAACGUCUUAAGACCCAAAGCAGUGUUCUGUGUGGGUUGCUGUAGGAGCUUAGACUACGACAAAGUAAAACUUGGAGACAUAGUAAUGUUAGACAAGUUAAUUACAUAUGGCCCGUGCAAAAUCACGGAGGGUGGCAUUGAAGAACGUGGAGUUAAAGUUCCACUGAAGUCCGGUCUUUUAAAGGUGAAAUUAAGGGCUGGUGAUGGCUGGAAACCACCUUUAAGAAAUCCGGAAGCACUCGAGGUGAAGAUACAUCAUGGCACGAUUCUGAGUGGACCCGUAGAAAUAAUUGAUAGCCCCAAGCAUUGUAAGGCACUCAUUGAACGAUUCCCAGAAGCAGUUGCUAUGGACGAGGAGGGUGAAGGUGAGUUUUUGGCAAGAGUGAACUUUUUGUAACCUUGGCCAUUAGACCGUAUGUAGGCAGGAUGACUUAAGUCAGUAUUCUGCUUACAUCAAUCUUGCCCGCGCUCCUACAUGUCCUAUGUUAAGUGAUGGAGAAAUCUGGCGGCCUCUUCCGGAUGAAGGAUACAGGUUCGAGAUACUAUGGGCUAGGAUGAGGUGGGAAGAGAGAAAAACAAACCAUCCGGAUAUAGGUGCCGUGUGGUGGAGAGCGGGCAAGGCGAGGUGCAUGGCCAUAACAACAACCUGUGUGACUUGUCUCAAAGAUGAUAAUGAAAGCAUGGUGUAUGUGUCUUAUUCAGUCGCUUGGGCAAGACCGCGCUAAAUAGUACAGAGUAGACUCCCGAUAAUUCAAACCUUCAAGGGAAACGGAAAAAAGUUCGAGUUAUCGGGAGUUCGAGGUAUAGAGGGUAAAAUUAUAUAGAAAAUGUUCUAAAAGGAAAUGAAAAUUGGUUCGAGUUAUAGAGGGUUCGAGUUACCGGGAGUCGACUUAUCCUAUUUACAUCAAUCUUGCCCGCGCUCCUAUGCUAAGUGAUGGAGAAAUCUGGCGGCCAACGUACGAAUAAUGCUUUCGGAGGCAUCCCACUACCAACACGAAGACAACACCCCACACACCCAAACUCAAAACCCCCAGCCUUAAUACCCACACUAAAGAAAAACAAACAGGAACUUUUGUUCUGGAGCCACAAAAACAUAUUAACAAAACCAGGGAACAAUAAAUUUAGCACAAGUUAGUCGCCAUAACUAAAUAAAACGCUCGGCAGUCAAUUCAGUCAAUCCCGCUGAGGAUUAAAGAACAAUAGCCUUAAUUUGCACAAGAAAACAACAAACUCAAGGAUUCUGUAGUUGUAGUAAAAUGACGUCAUCGUGCAAUUGUAUCGGGAAAUAUCCAAUUUGUUUAAAGUAUCCUCCGUUUUUAACGAUUGUUUAUCCUUUACAAAACAAGUUAAUUAUAAAGUAAGCUAUAUGGCGAAAAACUACCGUAUGCACUUUUGUUAUCGCCGAACAAUCCGUCUGAAGCAGCAAAACCUCUCUUGCAAUAAAAAGACAAAUUACACAAGACAUAAAUUUACUACUCACAAAAACAACCGCUGCCAGGUCUUCUCAACAAGCCGUAAUGACUAGACACUGUUCGUAAAUGUUGUUAUUCGCUAAAUAAAAGAAAAUUUUCUAGAUUUCGCCUAGCAAAAUAUAAACGUCUUUUCAGCACUGGAAACGACUUCUUACGAACAUACGAGUAUUUUAACUUUAGGUGGACUUUAAGACUCUUUUACCUUUGUUUCUGCUUAGUUUUCAUUGAUCGUUAACGAAUAAAUAAGCAAAUUUUCUUUCUUAGUUUUACAGAAAGAGUUUUCUUUCAAACUAGACGAUUGUGGCGUGUUUCACAGUUUGUAAGCAGCCAAUAGAAGCGUUUGUUUUUCUGUGUCGCGCGUUACGGGAAUUUUGCAGUUAAUUAAAAAGCAAGCAUUUUUUGUCAGCUAUGUUAUAAAAUAAUUUGCUCAUGCUUUUAGCUGUGCGUUUAUAGGGUUAUGGAUGCACUUGGGAAGUUUGGAGAGGACUCAAAAAUCUAGAGUUGCUCGAGGCGCAACUCUUACGCAUCUUUCGUACUCUCCAAACUUCUCGCGUGCAUCCAUAACUCGAUAUACGCACGCUAAGCAUGAACAAAUUCUUAACUUUUCAACUAAAGCAAAUCGUUGUGUUUUUGAACUAAGGGUUCCGUGUGUGAAGUUAUUUCAUUGCGUAAAUGCGACCGAGUUUGAUUAUGGAAUUACAACCGGUUCAUAGUACUGCAUGCAGUUGAUAGUUUGAACAUUAAACAUGAAUUGCGAUGGAAAAAAGUAAAGCCAUACUGUAUCACGCAGACAUUUCGAAACGAUAUUUCUUGGUUUGCCACUUGAAAAUCGUGUUUAACUUUUUGCAUGAAUUGAAGCAAAGGAGUAGUGACGUCACUGGACGGCAUUAACGGCGAGUCGAUUCAGACGUUUCUGAGGGAGUAAUAACGACUCGAAGUAAUCGGAUGAAAUCCAGGCUAUCAAAAUCCUUGUUAGCAGAACACCUUCCGUUUCAGUGAAUUAUUCUAUGAAUAGAUUAAUUAAAUGGAAACUACAGGAUCGUUUAGACAGGAUCACUAUUUAUUAUAAUGCUUUCAUCGGCCUGUGCUCAUCGAUGCCUUGUUACAACCUGAUAAAUUACGAAUUGUCAAAUUUUGUUAGCUAUCAUGAGCUAUCUCUGACAAACCCUUUCAACCUGACUUUACUUGGCUUUUCUUACGUUUUCUAUGUUUCAUAGCUACUUCACUACUUCAUUUACGACUAAUCUCUAUUCUAAGGCCUGUUUGCUGCAGCUCACGACCUCAACUUUGAGUGGAUCGUCAUUAAAGGGAUUUCGGAUUACGCGGCUGGCAGUAAAUCAAAGGAGACAUCUUGGAGGCCAUUUGCAAGUUUAAUGGCAGCUUCAGUAACGGCUCAUAUGCUCAGCGAUGCCUUCAUUUUUCAAGACUGGCCUCACUUUGAGUGCAGAAGUAAGUACUGA